GACAGUAUCGGCGGUCUGGCAUGCGUCCAUGCGAUAGUAUCGAUUAAACAUCGAUUUUUUUCCAGCUCUAGCAGCACAUGUGUGUUGUUGCUUGCCAUUGGCAUCAAAAUUUGUCGUGCGUUCGCUGUUGAGAAAGGAAAGGAACGGAAGAAAGGCCAGAAAACCGGACUCAGGACAGGAUCAGGCGAUCAGGCAGGUAGAAGUUUGCACAGACACGGAACGCGAAACGCGAAAUCUACAUAGCAAACAUGCCGAACGACACGGUGGUAAAGGUUCAGGAGUACAAAGACACGCUGAUCCUCAAGGCGGAGCUGCUGAUCACCAAGCGCUUCCCGGAGAAGAUCGUCCAGCUGAACGAGCUUUUGGCCACGCCGAUGUUUAACGAGCGCAAUUUCGAGGAGGUGCACCAGGACCUCAAUAUCCCGGCUCUGCCGCCUGUACUGGUUAAGAACCACGAGGACGGCCAGUCCGAGGACGGGGACCAUCCACCCACCAAGCGGCAGCGCAAGGAUGUGAUCGUCUCCGGGCAACCGGUCCUGGCAUUGCCGGCAGGAACGGUGCCUUGCAACAAGCCGCUCUGCGAGAUGAUCAAGGUGGUUAAGCCCAUCAUCAGGAAGCUCGUGGAAGAUUCUAAUCUCCUCAAGAUGUGGAUCUCGUUCAUGAUUCCCAAGAUUGAGGAUGGCAACAAUUUUGGCGUCUCCAUCCAAGAGGACACGUUGGCCGAGAUUCAGACAGUGGAGUCCGAGGCGGCCGCCUUCUUUGACCAGAUAUCGCGCUAUUUCCUGUCGCGCGCCAAAGUCGUGUCCAAGGUGGCAAAGUAUCCGCACAUCGAUGACUAUCGGCGCGCCGUCGUCGAGCUGGAUGAGAAGGAGUACCUCAGUUUGUGGCUGGUCGUCUGCGAGGUGCGCAAUCGCUACUCCUCGCUGCAUGACAUAGUGAUUAAGAACCUGGAGAAGCUGAAGAAACCGCGCUCUUCCAACACCGAGAGCCUCUAUUAGGCGUUCCCCAAGCCCAACCCCUUCUCUUUUUUUUCAUCAUCCUAUUUACUGUUCAAGAAACAAACAAUAAACAGCCCGUAGAGCGGACGGUCAGCGGUUCUUGUGGCUACUCGAAAACUCAGCCUCCCCCCAUUUCGAUUGAACAACAUCAAGGACAUCAGUCAAGUAAAGAAAAAAGAAGAUAAGAGAAGCAUUAAGCAAUAGCUGUAGCCUAACUAGCGCCUUUAUUGAUCCAUUUGUACUACGUCUAGAGUUUAAUGUCGAGUUUAGCGUAGAAUACAAGAAACCGAUGCUGUAUAGAUUCCACUAAUAGCUAUAGCUAUGCAUAUAAAUAAAUAAAUCGAACGUUGCCUUGUCGUUGUCGGCCGAGAGCAAGAAAAAUUCAAGAAAAGUAAUGAAACGAAAGCGGUUUAACAACUCAAGACAUUUGCGAUGGAUCGACCGGCGCGAUGAAGCAGCUGAGAGUUUGUAAUAAAAAAGAACCUUGUGACCUUUUGGCAGAGUAUUAAA